GUAGGUGGCAGUACACAGGUGAUAGUUGUCCACGUGGGUCGACAUCCCUGUCGAAGAAGAGUACGCACGGCUAGCUAACGUUAUUUAGCUAAUACACUUCCUAUGAGUCAAGUACAAGCUCAUCAUUACUCUCGUUCGGUUUCAUAUACAAGGAUAUUGACACCAGUCUACUACAAUGGAAGUCCUAAUGCAUCACCUUCGGCAGAGAAUCUUACCCCACCUGCCCAGAGCCUUCACCACUCCUUGUAAGAGCCAUUCAAGCUGUGCUGCUGGACAUGCUCCAAAGCCAACCCCCAUUGACUCCAUCUCCCGACCUAGCACACACCUUCCCCUAGUAUCCCGUCUCUUCCAGCCCUCCAACCUGUGUGAUGUGGGGCAGGAGAGUCGUGCUCAGGGGGUGAUGACCUGCAAGAGCCAGAGACUGAUGCAGCAGGCAGGUCUCAUCCACCCUUCCAACCCUGGCUGCUACUACUUCCUCCCAGCCACAGUGCGCUCCAUGGAGAAGCUGGUGAGGCUGAUCGACCAGGAGAUGCAGAGGAUUGGUGGGCAGAAGCUGGACAUGCCCAGCCUGUGCUCUGCGGAGCUGUGGAGACGCAGCGAGCGCUGGGACCUGAUGGGAAAAGAGCUGUUCCGCCUGAGGGACCGCCACGGAGCUGAGUACUGCCUGGGCCCCACCCAUGAGGAGGCAGUGACAGAGCUGCUGGCCUCCCAGGGAACCCUGUCCUACAGACAGCUGCCUCUAAUGCUUUACCAGAUGACCCGCAAGUUCCGUGACGAGCCAAAGCCUCGGUUCGGGCUGCUACGGGGGCGAGAGUUCUACAUGAAGGACAUGUACACGUUUGAUGUGAGUGAAGAGGCUGCCUACCACACGUAUGAGUCUGUAUGUCAGGCUUACAACCGUCUCUUCUCCCGGCUGGGCCUGCGCAUUGUUCAGGUCCAGGCAGACACAGGGAAAAUCGGAGGUAAACUCUCCCACGAGUUCCAGCUUCCAGCAGACAUCGGAGAGGACAGACUACUGGUCUGUGGGAGCUGCUCCUUCUCUGCCAAUGUGGAGACCAUGGAACCAGGCCGGACUGACUGCCCACAGUGCCAGGCAGGCACACUGGUGGAGUCCAAGGGCAUAGAGGUGGGUCAUACAUUCUACCUUGGCACCAAAUACUCCCACAUAUUCAACGCCACCUUCAAUAACACCCAGAACAAGCCUGCUGUCACUGAGAUGGGCUGCUUCGGGCUGGGGGUGACCCGGAUCCUUGCUGCCGCCAUAGAGGUGAUGUCCACAGAGGAGGCUAUCCGCUGGCCUGGGCUGCUUGCCCCCUACCAGGUCUGUGUUCUGCCCCCUAAAAGGGGCAGUAAGGUCGAUGAGGUGGCUGGUUUAGCUGAGGAGGUGGCCCUUUCUCUGGGGGAGGCUCUGCCCAGCCUAAGAGGUGAGGUGGUUCUGGAUGACCGUACACAGAUGACCAUCGGUAAGAGGCUGAAGGAUGCCAGUCAGCUUGGAUAUCCCUACGUGGUGGCAUUGGGGCAGAAGGCUACAGAGGAGAUACCCAGGUUUGAGGUGAUCUGUCAGCAGACUGGUGAGACUAUGUUCCUCAAUAGAGAUGGACUGGUAGACCUACUCAGACGAGUGGAGACGGUCUGAGUUGGACUGAUCUUGACCUGGAGCUGGACUAAACUAUUGAACUCUGUGGAACUCUAUUGCUCCUCUGAAAUGGGCAUGCUUGUUGUUGGGUGGGAUGAUUCGUGGUAAAGAGGCUACUGCUAAACAGCCCUAUACCUACUAAGGCCAAUCUAAGUCUGAUGCAAACUGAGCUGGACUGAAAUCUAUUAUUACACUGUUAUGGACAUGUAUGUAUGUGUGGGGUAGGGUGGAAGUACCCCUUGAUCAUGACUCUCAGUUCCAUUACAUUACACAUACAGUUGUCGGAAGUUUACAUACACCUUAGCCAGAUACAUUUAAACUCAGUUUCACAAUUGCUGACAUUUAAUCCUAGUGAAAAUUCCCUGUCGUAGGUCAGUUAGGAUCACCACUUUUAUUUUAAGAAUGUGAAAUGUCAGAAUAAUAGUAGAGAGAAUGAUAUGUUUCAGCUUUAAUUUCUUUCAUCACAUUCGCAGUGGGUCAGAAUUUUACAUACACUCAAUUAGUAUUUGGUAGCAUUGCCUUUUAAAUUGUUUAACUUGGGUCAAAUGUUUUGGGUAGCCUUCCACAAGCUUCCCACAAUAAGUUGGGUGAAUUUUGGCCCAUUCCUCCUGAAAGAGCUGGUGUAACUGAGUCAGGUUUGUAGGCCUCCUUGCUCGCACACGCUUUUUCAGUUCUGCCCACACAUUUUCUAUAGGCUUCAGGUCAGGGCUUUGAUGGCCACUCCAAAACCUUGACUUUGUUGUCCUUAAGCCAUUUUGCCACAACUUUGGAAGUAUGCUUGGGGUCAUUGUCCAUUUGGAAGACCCAUUUGCGACCAAGCUUUAACUUCCUGACUGAUGUCUUAAAAUGUUGCUUCAAUAUAUCCACAUAAUUUUCCUCCCUCGUGAUGCUAUCUAUUUUGUGAAGUGCACCAGUCCCUCCUGCAGCAAAGCACCCCCACAACAUGAUGCUGCCACCCCUGUGCUUCACGGUUGGGAUGAUGUUCUUUGGCUUGCAAGCCUCCCCCUUUUUUCUCCAAACAUAGUGGCCAAACAUUAUGGCCAAACAGUUAUAUUUUUGUUUCAUCAGACCAGAGGACAUUUCUCCAAAAAGUAUGAUUUUUGUCCCCAUGUGCAGUUGCAAACCGUAGUCUGGCUUUCUUUUGGCGGCUUGGAGCAGUGGCUUCUUCCUUGCUGAGCGGCCUUUCAGGUUAUGUUGAUAUAGGACUCGUUUUACUGUGGAUAUAGAUACUUUUGUACCGGUUUCCCCCUGCAUCUUCACAAGGUCCUUUGCUGUUGUUCUGGGAUUGAUUUGCACUUUUCGCAUCAAAGUACAGUCAUCUCUAGGAGACAGAAUGCGUCUCCUUCCUGAGAGGUAUGAUGGCCUCGUGGUCCCAUAGUGUUUAUACUUGCAUACUAUUGUUUGUACAGAUGAACGUGGUACCUUCAGGCAUUUGGGAAUUGCUCCCAAGGAUGAACCAGACUUGUAGAGGUCUACAAUUUUUUUUCUGAGGUCUUGGCUGAUUUAUUUUGAUUUUCCCAUGAUGUCAAGCAAAGAGGCACUGCGUUUGAAGGUAGGCCUUGAAAUAUAUCCACAGGUACACUUCCAAUUUACUCAAAUGAUGUCAAUUAGUCUAUCAGAAGCUUCUAAAGCCAUGACAUAAUUUUCUGGAAUUUUCCAAGCUGUUUAAAGGCAUAGUCAACUUGUAUGUAAACUUCUGACCCACUGGAAUUGUGAUACAGUGAAAUAAUUUGUCUGUAAACAAUUGUUGGAAUAAUUACUUGUGUCAUGCACAAAGUAGAUGUCCUAACCGACUUGCCAAAACUAUAGUUUGUUCAUUAACAAGACAUUUGUUGAGUGGUUGAAAAACUAGAUUUAAUAACUCCAACCUAAGUGUAUGUAAACUUCCGACUUCAACUGCAAGUCAAUUGGACGAAGGCGUCUUCUGUACAAGGAAGUUUUGUUAAGAGCCGCGACGCUCGGUCUUUACAUUAACACGGAUCGCUUGCGGUACGGUUUUGGAAGCAUACGGACCUUAGCUUUCAUAUCAGCAAGGAAAAAAUAAAUACAUUAAUAAAGGUUCAAUUGAUACACACCUUUUAUAUGGUUAGGGUUCCCGCAUGGUCAUAUUUCCACGUUACAGAAGACAGAGUGGACUACCUGUGCUAAUUAGCUAUCUGAGUCUCCGAACACCUGUGUGUAAAUGGAAGAUGGACGCCACAAACGUGUUGUCACUUAAAAAUACUGUCAUCUGCAACUGUUAAAACCGGUUAAGACGGUGUACAGUAAGUGUGUAUUUUGCAUUUGUGAAAUGAUUUUUGAUGUGAUAUGAAAGUAGAGGGAUUUAGGUUUCUAGAACCGUACCGCAAAUGAGAAUUGAUUCACAUUUAGAUGGGAGUAUUUGCCUGUUUAGGAUUCCAACGCCAAUUCACCCUUUAUACAGAACAUGUAAAUCCUUGGACUAAGAAAUAUUAGGCUCAUUUAGGCCAAUAUUGGGCCGGUGGAAGAGGAUCAAUAAUUGUUCUCAAAUUACGUUGGUUCAUUAGUCUUGUGUGACGUCUGCAAUUAAAAAUAUUUUUUUCA